AUGAAUAAUAGAAGUCAUAACUAUUCAUUAUUGCUAUUUGGUGAUAAUAAUGAACAUGAUUCUGCUCAUUUUUCUUGGUAUGUGCCUUUAACAAUAGGAAUCAGUUCAUUGAUUGGAACAACAUUUAGUAUUCUUAGUUUAAUACGUUUUUUCCGUCAGAGAAAUUUCAAUACUCAUUUUAAUUAUAUUUAUCAUCAUAUGUUAUUUUUUUGCUUAUUUAAUUCUGUUAUUUAUGCACCUGGGCUUUAUGUUGGUAUUCAUCUUUCUUGGUUUAUUGUUUCACGAGUUUUUUGUAUUUUAUUUUUGAUUCAUAAUUAUGUCAUUUUUGGUGGACUUGCUUAUCUUUUAAUGUGGGCAAGUUUAGAACGACAUCGAUUUCUUUUUCAAAUAAAUACACCAAUAUCAUUGUCUCGACAAAUGAUUCCACUGAUUAUUGUCAUUAUAUUUGUUUAUACAUGUUCAAUUUUAAUUGUUCUUUUAUCCAAAUGUUCCAAAUAUGGAAAAUUUGAAGUGUGUUUUAUUGAAAACGUUUCCGAUAUAAUUAUAUUUACAUUGUAUACAUUUGUCAUACCUAUGGUAAUUAUGAUUUUUGCUACAACUAUUUUAUUACGAAGAUUAUAUGAAUAUCGAACACGAAUAAAUAAACGCCGACGAUGGAUAAGAUUAAAAAAAAUGUUUUAUCAAUCACUUAUUUAUCUUGGAUGGUAUUGUGUAUCAUAUUGGCCACAUACAAUUUAUUCGAUACUUAUUGUUUAUGAUUCAAAUCGAUUUGAUUCAGUAAUAUUGAGAAAUACUUUGCAUCUAGUAAGUAUAUGUGGUAUUCAAGCGUUGCCUAUAUUAACUUAUUUUACAUUUAAACCAAAUAAGAAACAACUACAAGUAAAAUAUGUUAUUAGUAAUAAAAUUGAAAUUAAUACGAAUAUGCCACAAAAACCAACAAGUGAAUGUUUAAAAAAUAAGAAAGAACUACCAAUUAUUGAAAAAUUUUAG